CUUCUGCCAAUCAAUACCAGGCCAGAGUUAACCGAGAAGCUCAUUCGAAAGCAGAAAAUGGACUGACCGAUAAAGUAGUAUGCUUAGAAACUGGUGAGUUUAGAGUACCAUCGGAAUCCGUGAGUAAUAAAUUUUAUAUUGUGUCAUAUAAUGAGUUGUGUGAUAAGGAUUGCACAUCUCUAUAUUGCAUUAAGUGCAAAAUAUGCAUCCAUAGGUUUAGAUGUCAAUGUGCAGAGUUUACUAUAAAAGCUGCCAUGUGUAAACAUAUACAUGCAGUUGCUCUGGUCGCAGAGAGAAGCGAUUCUGUUUUAGGUGUGAGAACUGUAAAUGAUGAUGAUGAGGACAACAACUUAUAUAUAUGUCAACCAUCAACAAGUAGGGCUGCUUAUGAAAUGGAUGUCCAGAGUGUCGUAGGUGGAUCCAGUCAAAUUACAAAUGAUCCAAUAGAUUCUACUACAAAAGAUAUUGUAUUAGAACAAGCUAGAAUGCAGCUUGGUUUAUUGGAUGUGGGUACCCUUCGUAACAUUGCAAAAAUUAUUAGAGACGCUUAUAACUUGCAAUGCAAUAAUGCUUCUACCAGCAGAAAAAGAAAAAUAGAGAAACAGUUGUAUUUCCCAAUAUUCUAGAUCUAAAUGAGAUAAUUAAAUAAUGUUAGAAGAGGAAAAUUGGAAUUGAAAGAGUCCUUAUGUAUUUUUCUAUUGCAACAUGUUGGUAUAAGGAUGGUUUUAAGGCCAUACUUGAAAGAGCUUUCUAUUUCAGACUUUGAAUUUCAACCACCUCGGAGAAGACUCUAAUUUCCCUUUAUGGAAGAAUCAAGAUAAGAUGUCCUUCAGUAUUGAAUAUCUCCUGUUAAUUUCGUUUGGUUUUUUUUUGUAAACACGGGGAGGCAGGGUUUUUUCUUCUGAGGUUUUUCCCUGAGCUCUUGUAUCAUACGCAGAAUUGUAUGGUUCCCCGUUGCACUAACCUCAGCUAAAUAUUAACAUGAAUAAAGAAGCAUGUUAAUCAAA